CCGAGCCGAUACGCGCACUUUCAAGUUACAAAACCGUGCCGUCAAGAGGCGUCGCAACGCUCUCUGGCUCGGCAGCUCGUUUCCUCGUUGAUUUUCGUGCGCACACAUUCGUGUAUAGACAUAUCUUUAAAAAUUCCUUUAAAGUUUCACUCGAAACCAUAGCAAACACGCGAUUUGCGGUAUAAGUUUUAUAAAAAAAGGCGAAUUAUUAAUUUUCAACGAUACCGCAGCUUAUUAGAUUUCACUUUCUCAGAGAUCCAUGCACCAAGGAUAACAAUACCGUUGCGAUGGACGCUGAAACUGGGGCCAUAUUGGCCCUGCAAAUUCUGGCUCUGUGUUCAAUCGUCGCAGCCCUCCUGGCUUACCUAAUGCGACAAUCUCGUAAUGCCACAGAGGAAUUCGAGAUGCGCUGUAAGCGACACGUCCUGGUGACCAGCUGUGAAACUGGAGUGGGUCUACAGAUCGCCCUGGCUCUUACCGAAGCAGGUUACAAGGUAUUCGCCGGGUGGCGUGAACCCAAUGGAAACUCAGCAUCCAUGAAAAUACUACGAGCUCUGGAGCUUCGCAGAGAGAUGGAAAAAGAUCCUUCAUGCCCUGCAGCCUGCGAAAAACCAGAUGGACCUUCUCCGGGACCAAUCGUACCAGUGGAGUUGGAUCCCACACGGGAAGACAGUUUACACGCUUGUUUGGAUGCAGUCAGAGCUAAGCUCCCAGCUGGAGACGAUGGUCUUUGGGCUGUGAUACAUACUGGGGGAUUGGCGUUACCUGGAGCCAUUGAAAAGCAAACAAGUUCCGCGUGGGAAUCAAUGUUGCGACAUAAUCUGGUUGCUCCAUUGCGUACAGCCAGAACAUUCAUACCACUUUUACGUGCCAAGAGAGGUCGUAUAAUUCUUUUGGGGGAUGCCGAGACUAGUUAUGCAACUAAAGCUGGAACGGGAUUAGUCGCCUUUAGUGCUUCCCGCCGUGCAGUAGAGGGAGCCGCUGAAGCUUUAAGAAACGAAUUGCUCGCUUCCGGUGUGGACGUUGUUCUUCUUAAGCCACCGCCAGUGAAUCCACUUGUUCUUUAUGCACCUCCUAUUCUCAAGACACCCGACAUAGAAGCUGGCAUAACGUCGAGCGAAGGAACAUGGACAGCACCUCUACCAACCUACUCAAUAAAAAAUUCAUUAAUUCCUGCGAUCACUACGCCAUGUCCUUUUAAUUGUUAUAAUAUGGCGGUUAAGCCGAGGCUCUUUUGUCGAUGAAUAUUGUGCUAAAAGGAUGCUUUAAAAAUUCCAAGAAGGAGACAAAUCGUAUUUUUUGUCUUGUCAAUAACCGUUUGUAAUAUAUGUGAGAAAACGUUCAUCAUACUAAUUUUAAUAGUAAGAUAACAAUUAUCAUAGGAACUCGCGCGAGCAUAACUUUUAAUGGUAACUUUAGAAUUUCUUUGACAUAUCACUGACGAUUUAUGGAUUAAUUUAUAAUUAAAAAUAUAAUUAUUACUAAUGUAAUUGUGUACAUAACCAUGACCAGAAUGAUAAACUGGUACGUUCAAUUGAUUUAUAAAUCUUGUGGUUUUUCGCAAAAUUACGACUGGAAGAAUUUAACACGAGUACUUUUGAAGACGGUAAAAAUACUUAAAUUACUGUUUUUGUGUCUUCCUUUGUGUUAUCGGUAGGUGGAUAUGAGAAAUUUAAUUAAAUAAAUGUACUGAAAACGAGAAUAAAGAAUAUCUUAAAACAUUA